ACUGCAACUACCCAAACUCAGCACAUUUGAGAGUGGAUAGAAGUAAAAUUAAACAAUUUGUUGUGAAAGAAGGAAAGUAUAUUGUAUUAUAUAAAGAAUUUAAAGCAUAUUUGAGCAUUUUACUUUUUAUAACUUUUAGUGUCUUUGAGAUGGAAAGAACACUUCAGCCCAUUACCACUGGAACAUCAGUACUUGGAGUGAAGUUUGAUGGGGGUGUAGUAAUUGCAGCUGACACUCUUGGAUCUUAUGGCUCUUUAGCCCGUUUUCGACAAUGUCAGAGAUUGAUGAAAGUUAAUGACAAUAUUAUCCUUGGUGCUGGUGGGGAUUAUGCUGACUAUCAGUUUCUUACAUCAGUUAUUGAAAGAAAAGUUAUUGAUGAAGAAUGCCUAGGUGAUGGAUUUAACUUAAAGCCUAAAUCACUGUAUUCCUGGUUGACACGUGUACUGUAUAACAGGAGGUCCAGGUUUGAUCCACUUUGGAGCACCUAUGUGGUAGGAGGUUUACAGGAUGAUGAUGUGUUUCUUGGAUAUGUUGACAAACUAGGAACAGCGUUUGAAGCACCAACUAUUGCAACAGGCUAUGGAGCUUAUAUAGCACAGCCUCUUUUACGAGAUCACUGGGAAAAGAACAAGGGAAAACAAACAGUAGAAGAGGCACGGAAUCUAAUACUUUCAUGCUUAAGGAUUCUGUUUUAUCGUGAUGCACGUUCCCUUGAUAAAUAUCAAAUUGCUACUGUCACAAAGGAUGGAGUAACAAUUGAAGGCCCAUUGGUUUUGGACACCAGCUGGGAUAUAGCAGAUGUUAUAAGAGGCUACGAGUGAACUGAAGAACAAGAUGGACUUCUUAUUCAAUAAAAGAAUUGAGGACUUGUAUAAUCACAUGACUUAUAGCAUGUAUAAGUUAAAAUGGGAAUAAAUUUUCAGACAAAAUCUAAAA